UACCAAAGUUUGGAAUGAUGAAAAACCUGAAGGAUUUGAGGAACUGAAACUUUUUUAUUGUGGUUGUGAGAAGGAGAGGGUUUGGAUGGCCUGUAAUUGAAACUUGAAAGAAAUGGCAAAAAGUCUUUUGAAUGCAACAUCCUUGUCUGCAAGGACAAAACUACUACAUCAAGUGGGAGUAUCACUUUAUAAUACUUCUCAUGGCUUCUAUGAAGAAGAAGUAAAAAAGACAUUGCAGCAGUUUCCUGGUGGAUCCAUUGACCUUCAGAAGGAAGACAAUGGCAUUGGCAUUCUUACUCUGAACAAUCCCAGUAAAAUGAAUGCUUUCUCAGGUGUUAUGAUGCUACAACUUUUGGAGAAAGUGAUUGAAUUGGAAAAUUGGACAGAAGGGAAAGGACUCAUUGUCCGUGGGGCAAAAAAUACUUUCUCUUCAGGAUCUGAUCUGAAUGCUGUGAAAGCCCUAGGAACUCCACAGGAUGGAGUGGCCUUAUCCAUGUUCAUGCAAAACACCUUAACAAGACUUAUGAGACUUCCUUUAAUUAGUGUUGCACUAAUUCAAGGUCGGGCAUUGGGUGGAGGAGCAGAAUUUACUACAGCAUGUGAUUUCAGGUUAAUGACUCCAGAAAGUGAGAUCAGAUUUGUCCAUAAGGAGAUGGGCAUAAUUCCAAGCUGGGGAGGGGCCAGCCGGCUGGUUGAAAUCAUCGGCAGCAGACAAGCUCUCAAAGUGUUAAGUGGGGCCCUCAAACUGAAUUCAGAAAAAGCUUUAAACAUAGGAAUGGUGGAAGAGGUCUUGCAGUCUUCAGAUGAAACUAAAUCUCUAGAAGAAGCACAAGAGUGGCUAAUGCAAUUUGUCAAUGGGCCACCAGAAGUCAUUAGAGCUUUGAAAAAAUCUGUUUGUUCAGGCAGAGAGCUGUAUUUAGAGGAGGCAUUACAGAAUGAGAGAGAUCUUUUAGGAACAGUGUGGGGGGGACCUGCAAAUUUASAGGCUAUUGCUAGGAAAGGAAAAUUUAAUAAAUAGAUUUUAAAAAUGUAUAUGUACUACAAAUAAAUCUUCAAUGAUUAUAUAUGAAUGUUAAAUGAUACUAAAUAUGA